GAUAGCAUAAGAACAUGUCCAUACUUGAAACUUCCUUAAACUCAAUGUUCUCUCUUACUUCAUACAAUCAAAGUCAAAAGCUCAAGAUACUACUCAAUGGCCAUAGCAAGAUCCAUAACCUCGUUCAUGUUCUUCCUCUUGAUAUCAUCAAACUCUGUUAACAGUUCUGUUCUUGCUCAGGCCACGACAGCGAAAUUCACAUUCAUAGGUUUCAAAGGGAACCAAACGGAAAUUCAAACAGAAGGAGCUUCUGAAAUCCAACACGAAAAUGGUCUUCUUAGACUAACUAAUCGGAACCAAAACGUCACCGGGACUGCGUUUUACCGCAAACCGAUUAGAUUGCGUAACUUCACCAAUUCCUCCGAUAUCAAAGUUUGUUCCUUUAGCACUUCUUUCGUCUUCGUCAUAAUCCCUUCAAGUCCCGGAACCGGUGGUUUUGGUUUCACGUUUACACUUUCUCCGACCCCAAAUCGUCCUGGAGCCGAGUCUGCACAGUACUUGGGGCUUUUGAACAGAACCAACAACGGGAAUGCAUCGAAUCACGUAUUUGCUGUGGAAUUCGACACGGUACAAGGAUUUAAAGACGGCGCUGACAGAAGAGGAAACCACAUCGGUCUUAAUUUCAACAACCUCUCCUCCGAUGUACAAGAGCCACUCAUUUAUUACGACACGGAGGAUCGAAAAGAGGAUUUUCAGCUAGAAAGCGGCGAACCAAUCCAAGUUCAUGUCAAUUACGACGGACCCAGCGAAACCUUAAACGUUACAAUCUAUCCUACGCGUUUAGAGUUUAAGCCCAAGAAGCCUCUGAUCUCGCGACGAGUUUCAGAGCUGUCGGAGAUUUUGGAGGAUGAAAUGUACGUCGGAUUCACCGCCGCGACUGGAAAAGACCAGUCGAGUGCUCACUAUGUAAUGGGUUGGAGUUUUUCAAGCUGUGGAGAAAAUCCAAUGGCGGAUUGGCUCGAUCCCUCGAAGCUUCCGCUUCCACCUCGCUUGAGUAACAAGAAAGGUUACGAUUCUCAAGUCAUUGCUUUGAUUGUUGCUUUAUCGAUCGUCACAUUGGUCUUGCUUGUGUUACUAUUUAUAUUUGUGAUGUACAAAAGGCGAAUCCAAGAAGAAGAUACUCUAGAGGACUGGGAGAUUGAUUAUCCUCAUAGAUUCAGAUACAGAGAUCUCUACUUAGCAACGAAGAAGUUCAAAGAGAAGAACUUCUUCUUAGCUGAUUGGGUAAUGGAGUUUCACACUAAUGGUGGAAUCCUUAGCGCCGUGGAUCAGAAACUCGGAUCUAGUUUUAAUGGCAGAGAGGCUAAAUUAGCUCUUAUUGUGGGAUUACUCUGUUGCCAUCAGAAACCGACAUAUCGGCCAUCGAUGAGAAUGGUGCUUAGAUAUUUGAAUGGUGAAGAUCAGAAUGUUCCACAGAUUGAUGGAAAUUGGGGAUUCUCGGAUUCUUCGAGAGACGAUCUUAAAACGAAUGUCGUAGGUUAUGUUUCGUCCGAUAGAGCCUCGAGCUCGAAUACUUUUUCGUCUUUCUCCGAGGUUUCUUCAAGUUCUAUCGUUAGUGGUAGAUAGUUUCAUUCGUUGCACUUUUAAUAUAGCUUAUUAAUUUUC